UAGCUAAUUACAUUGAAGUGAGGAAUAAGAAAUCGGCUAAUGGGUGGGGAUGACGCUGAUUCUGAUUUGGUUGGGAUUGUUCUCGCACAGUUACCUUUUGGUUUUGCGUGGCAUACAAAAUCAUGACGGCUAAGACUGUGAACUUGAUUAAUCCCAAGAGGGUGGCUUUGAUCUGGCUCAUCUGUGCCUUCUGCUUCUUCACCUUGUUCAGAAUGGCACUUCACAACUCAUCGCAAACUUUUUCAUCUGCUUCUACAGAUUCUCAAAAUUCUUACACGGAGCAAAGAUCAAAGUUGUAUGACAAGAUGGGGAGAGAUCUGGAUGAGCAUGGAGCUGCUUUCCUGAAACAUGGUGAAACCUCUCAGUCAUUGUCCCUUUCAGAUAUAUUCACACUGAAAGAUGGAUAUGUGACACCUGUUAUGAAGCCUGCAAAUCCUCCGGUGCGAGCUAAUGUAUUGUAUUUGAGCACUGAAUUCUCUUUACCUAUCGCGGAGGCUGUCAAAAAUAAUUUUAAUCCAUACUUUGAUAAAGCAAUCUGGUUUCAGAACUCCAGUCUGUACCAUUUUAGCAUGUUCCAUGCCUCCCACCAUAUUGUUCCUGUACUCGCUACCAAAGAAGAGAUAGAAGCUGAAGCAUCCUCUGUGAAAGCUGUUGUUUCAAAACUCUGCCCUUUGAAGAUUGUUUUGGAUAGAGUUGUUUUGACUUCAACUGGAGUGCUCCUGGGUUGCUGGCAGGUCAUCUCGGGUACAGAUCCCGUAAUCAUUCGUUCUAUGUUGAAGAAUGCACUUCCACGUGCACCAGAAAAGCAACUUUAUGAUGCUGCAAUUCUCCACACCUCAUUUGCAAGGCUUUUGGGUCCGCCUACAGUAUCAUCACCUACGGAACAACUUAAUACGUCAGAUGAUAUCCACUUUUUCCAUGAGCUAGUUAAUCGGCUUAACAGUCAGAUUCGUGGAUUCCAGGCAGUGGUGUCUGAAUUAUGGUACGUUGAAGAAUAUGAUGUGCUUGCCCUUGCUCUGAAUGGAAGAAUGAAUCCUCGCAAAUUCAAAUUUGGAUGCUCAAGAACUUAAAGUUAUCUUACACGUUACAUUUAGUGACUGUAAAAUGUAUAAAAGAUCCAUUAGUUUAUAGAAGUCUGUGUCUAUCUUUUACU